UUGCUGUCCAACUCUUUAUUAAACAACAGCAAGUUGUGCAAUAACACCGAACAGUUUUACAUGCGCUUUCAAAAGUUUUGAAAAGUUGAAAUGAAGUUCUAAAAACGCCUUUUAAUCUUUACAGGUGGGCUUUAGGGUGGAAAAAAAUAAAAAGACCACCACAAAUGUGAGUUGUUGUUUUUUUAAAAGCUCACUCACAAAUCAGAAAGUGGCAAAAGAAUUAAUUCCACUUGAACAAUAAAGCAUAAAGUGGACGUGCUGUGACAGUUAAUAGUUCCGACGCGUGGGCGAUUGACGUCAGCUGUAAUUGCCGUCAUCGAGGAACGAUCUUCUCAUUCAUUGCUCCUAACAUUUAUCGCCGCUCGCCCUCGCGCCCCUCUGUUGAUCUCGUCGUUUCCUCGAUGGGAUCUCUGGAGGGAGGCGCUAACAUGGAAACAGAGGAGCGAGGAGGUUGGAAAUAAAGGAAUUUUCCAGAUUCCCAGUCGUCUCGAACGCAUCAUGAGAGCAGUCCACUCCAAGCGCCAGUGUUGUUCUUGCGCCUGCGCAGUGAGCAUCCCGGGGAUGGGUCUCGUCGAACGAAUCAAGAUGGCGACUCUGGCAAAAGCGCCAGCGCACUUAGCGAAGUAGAUGAGCCGAAUUGGCCACUUGAGCGGCUUUCGUGGCGCCCCAGCGGGGCUCUGGUGAAGCAUGACGCUUUGGAGACGGGAUUGAGCGAGACUGAGGAGCGCUAACGACGAUGUGCGAGAGCUAUGGCCGCUCGCUGCUGCGUGUGUCGGUGGCGCAGAUCUGCCAGGCUCUGGGCUGGGACGCCGUUCAGCUAACCGCCUGCGACCUUCUGGCCGAUGUGCUGCAGCGGUACAUCCAGCAGAUGGGCCGAGUCUGCCAUCGCUACUCGGAGCUGUAUGGGAGGACGGAUCCUGUGCUGGACGACGUGAGUCAGGCUUUCAGGCUGCUGGGGGUGAGUCUGAGCGAACUGGACGACUAUGUCAACAACCUGGAACCCGUGGCCUUCCCCCAACAGUUGCCCUCCUUCCCCGUCAGCAAGAACAAUGUCCUGCAGUUCCCUCAGCCCGGCGCGCUCUUCGCCGAAGAGCGGAAAGACUAUAUUCCAGAUUACAUGCCGCCAAUGGUCUCUUUACAAGAAGAGGAGGAAGAAGUCCUUCCUGACACGGGCACCUCAGCCGAAGCUAUGCAGGUGGCCAUGGAGGAGGACGAGGAGGACUUCGACGACGACGAGACGGUCAACGACGAGAACCACCCGCUCAAGAGGCCCCUGGACAGUCCCGACGAGGCCCUGGGCAUGAUGCCUACAUCCAAGCGGCCGCGGAUGCUCCCCGGCCUCAGCCCAGAGUGGGGCCCGGAGCCCCGGGAGCCCCUCACCUCCCUCAACCCUCAGCGCGUGCCUCCUCCGGGCAUGCUGCCCCCUCACGAUACCCUCGACCCGCUGUCGCCCGAAACCCCGCCGGGAGCCCCGGCGUCCUUCAGACCUCAGCCUUCCAUAUCAAAAUACCCCGAUCCAAAGACCCUCAGCACACCUACAAGAAAGCCGAAAGUCUCUUCGCCUGGGAGACAAAGAACUAAGUCCCCGAAAGUGCUCAUUCCUGCCUCAGGGGGUGGCAGUCCCAUUCAUUCUCCCCCUAAAACUUCCAAGGAGAGGAAGAAAUCACCAGGCAGGACAAAGAGUCCGAAAAGUCCCAAGAGCCCGAAGGCGGUGGCGGCCAAACCUCCCCAGCCGCCGACUAAGACGGACGCCGUUCACAAGCUGCCCUUGUCCGUGCUCAGCGAGCGCAUGGGCAAGGAGAACAUCCACGUGCGGCACAACGUGGACGACAAGGAGCCCGACCGGGGCCCCUUCCUCAAAGCCGAGCCCGGCAACGGCGCCAUCGAGGACUCCAUCAGCGCCGUGAUCGCCAAGGCGCGUUCCGAGCGGGAGCCCGACCCCUUCGCCUUCUCCUCGGGCUCCGACUCGGACAGCAACGGCUUCUCCAGUCCCAGGAGGCUGACCAUCAUGGAGCCGGCCACGCCCAAAGCCCCGCCCGGCGCCGGCCUCUCCGCGUCCGCGCCGCUCCACCUGCAGCUGGGCCCGGGAAAGUGGACCUUGGACGACUCCAUCAACGAGGUGAUCCGGAAGGUCCACCGAGGCGGGCCCUCGGCUCAGCCGCCCGACCGUGAGGAGUACGUGUCGUCCGGGUCGGCUUCGCCUCCGACGCCCGAACCGCUGCUGAAGAUUUUCGAGGAGAAGUCCAAGUUGUCGGCGCUGGACGUGAAGAAGAAGCUGAAAAAGGAGCUGAAGACCAAGCUGAAGAAAAAGGAGAAGCCCAAAGACAAGGAGCGGGAUAAGGACAAGAACAAACUGAAGGACAAGAACAAGGAGAAGAACAAGAACAAGGACUUGUCCAAGGACGGGAAGAUUCUCUGGAAGGAGUUUGGCAUGAAGGAGGACGAGCUCGUGGGCCAGCGGGACUUUGCGCUACCGGAGGGCUCCGUCAAGAGCAAAACCAGGGACGGAGACGGCAGCACCAAGAAAGACAAGGACAAGCACAAAGACAAGAAGAAGGACAAGGAAAAAGGCAAGAAGGACAAGGAGAAGAAAGACAAGGGCAAAGACAAGAGCAAGGACAACAGGCAGAAGCAAGCCGCCCUGGCGCCCAUGGCCCUGGGGGAGGUGCCCGCCCUGUUCGGCCCCUCUUCCUGCCAGCGUCCGCCCCCUUUGCUGCCCGUCCUCCAGGACGGCAAGAGCAAGGACAAGAAGAAGGACAAGAAGGAGAAGAAGAAAAAGAAGGAGAAGGAGCGAGAGAAGGCCAAGGAAAAGGAGCGCGAAAAGGAGGAGAAGAGGAAAGAGAAGGAGCGGGAGAAGGAAAAACGGGAGAAGGAAAAGGAAAAAGAGAAGGAGAGACUGAGAUUGGAGAAGGUGAAGGCGGACGCGCCGGUGGUCGCGCCCUCUCCGGUCAUUCCCAGGCUGACGCUCCGAGUGGGAGGCCAGGACAAAAUCGUAAUCAGCAAGGUGGUUCCGAACUCUGAAGUAAAACCUCCGGCCCCCAAGAUCCCCGCCGCCAAGUCGACCCCCGCGAUUCGUCCCCGGUCGCCCCCGCCGCCUCCCGUCCUGUUGCCGCCCCUCCCGUGCGUGACCGGCCCCCCCUCGCCGCUGCCCCCGCCUCCCGCGCUGUCGUCGUCGUCGUCGCUGCUGCUGUCGUCUCCGGGCCCUCUGAUGUCCCCCGCCGCCUCCCUCAAGACGCCCGUACGCAGCGUGGUCACCGAGACGGUCAGCACAUACGUGAUUCGAGACGAAUGGGGAAACCAGAUCUGGAUCUGUCCUGGAUGCGACAAGCCGGACGACGGCAGCCCCAUGAUUGGUUGCGACGACUGUGACGACUGGUAUCACUGGCUUUGCGUGGGAAUCCUGACGGCGCCCCCCGCAGACCAGCAGUGGUUUUGUGUCAAAUGUUCCAGCAAGAAGAAGGACAAAAAACACAAGAAGAAGAAACACAAACCGCAUUAAGUCUAUGCAAAAAGCACAUUUUUGUUUUUCUUUGCAAGGGGGGCACAAUUUUGGAAGGACUUGAAAGCCAUUGAGCACUGCUGUAAGAUUUAAAAAUUCAAAAUAAAGAAAGAAGAAGGAGGAGGGGGAAAAGAGCAGUGGGUAAGAGCGACGUGAGGACUUUUAAUGAUGUCAUCCCGGAUGGACCACAAGGGGGGAAAAUGGCUUUUAAGCAGCACGUGAUGAGCUGGCUGCCUUCUCACCAAAACGCUCACGUUUCCCGUUGCAGGAGAUUCGAGAUGACACAUUUCUCUUCUCUUCAUUCCCGCUUUCAAUGCACAUAAUUGAAAAGAAUUGAUAUCCCCCCCCGACCCCCACUGUAUAAAUGGCAUGUAAAUACCAAUUCUCAAGCCAAGUGCAUUAUUAUUUUAUUUUUUUCUUCCUCUUAGGAAAUGACAUGGUGACUGCAUUUUCAGGUAUCAGUUUUUAACUCUGUAAUUUCUGUACAUUUUUUUAAAUUUAAAGUUUGUAUUUUAUUUCACUCCCUCGGAUACUGCGCAUAAAAAAGUUGGGGGUGUUGGGCAUAGAAGUGGACGUCCUUGGAAAUUCCACCGCAAAAGGCCGAUAUCCCCAACCUUUUGUGCGUCGUGUAUGUUUUUGUCAUACUGUAGCUGUGCUUAUGAUUGUGAUUCAUUGAAAUAUUUGAUUAUUAAAGAUGAAGAGUCUGCACGUUGGCAGACUUUAAAGACGGAAA